GAUUGGUGCUGAUGAGGACGCUGCUGAUUCCGCAACACACAGGCAAAGCGGGCGACGGGAGCCAAGCUGCAACUUACCCACAUGUUUAAAUCAUCCAUUCGGACGCAAUUUUUCCGGGAUUCGCUGUUUUAAAUGAAAGGGACAACAUUAACAACAUCUAGCUGAGACAGCAGCGUUGAUAUGUUUUUUUUCUUCCUCCAAGGUCUCACGAGGCAGCUAGCGAAGCAAAGCCGGCGAAUUCAAGCAGAGCCCAAGGACCAGAGGCAAUAGUUAGCUAGCUUUAGCCAGUUAGCCGCUCGCUAACCCGGGAGCCGCUAAUUUGUCCACUCUCGCAGUACACCUGUGCGCCGUGCUAUCCUGUGUUGGAACUACUUAGCUCGUAACACUCAUCGCCGUGGGUUUCCGCUUAAAUAUAUAUCUAUUUUUAAAUUUCAAUUACGGUGACACCGAAGGAGGGGGAGUUAGAAAACCCACCUUGAUAGGUUGAGGUUGGAACCAGCCAACUAAGCGGUGUCCUCAAGUGGCCAUUCACCAUGGACAACGCACACACAAAGACGGUGGAAGAAGUUUACAGCUUUUUUAAUGUGAACGAAAGCACGGGUCUGAGUUUAGAAGAAGUGAAGAAACAACGGGAACGAUAUGGGCCAAACGAACUACCAGCGGAGGAGGGUAAAUCACUUUGGGCACUAGUGAUUGAACAGUUCGAAGAUUUGCUUGUGAGGAUCCUUUUACUUGCUGCCUGCAUAUCGUUUGUCCUGGCCUGGUUUGAAGAGGGAGAAGAAACCGUUACAGCCUUUGUGGAACCUUUUGUUAUCCUUCUUAUUCUCAUCGCAAAUGCCAUUGUAGGAGUUUGGCAGGAACGAAAUGCAGAAAAUGCCAUCGAAGCCCUUAAGGAGUAUGAGCCAGAGAUGGGGAAGGUGUACCGCCAGGAUAGGAAGAGUGUCCAGAGAAUCAAGGCAAGGGACAUUGUGCCUGGGGACAUUGUGGAGGUGGCAGUCGGCGAUAAAGUGCCUGCAGACAUCAGGCUCACUUCUAUCAAGUCAACCACACUGAGGGUAGACCAGUCGAUUCUUACAGGAGAGUCUGUGUCUGUGAUCAAACACACAGACCCAGUGCCUGACCCGCGUGCUGUCAACCAGGACAAGAAGAACAUGCUGUUUUCAGGUACCAACAUUGCAGCUGGUAAGGCUGUCGGUGUGGUGGUUGCCACAGCUGGCAACACGGAGAUUGGCAAAAUUCGAGAUGAGAUGGCUACAACGGAGCAGGAGCGUACACCCCUGCAGCAGAAGCUUGAUGAGUUUGGGCAGCAACUCUCCAAGGUUAUUUCACUGAUCUGCAUUGCUGUGUGGAUCAUCAAUAUUGGACAUUUCAACGACCCGGUUCAUGGAGGUUCCUGGAUUCGAGGUGCUGUCUAUUACUUCAAGAUUGCUGUGGCUCUUGCAGUAGCUGCAAUUCCUGAGGGGCUGCCGGCUGUCAUCACUACCUGCUUGGCUUUAGGAACACGGCGUAUGGCCAAGAAGAAUGCUAUUGUCCGCAGUUUGCCCUCUGUAGAGACCCUUGGCUGUACAUCUGUCAUCUGUUCCGACAAGACUGGCACACUGACGACCAAUCAGAUGUCUGUGUGCAGGAUGUUUAUCAUUGAUCGGGCAGAGGGCGAUCACUGUUCAUUAAAGGAAUUCACCGUUAGCGGCUCCACAUAUGCCCCAGAUGGACAAGUAUUCCAUGAUGGAAAAACAGUCAAAUGUUCCCAGUAUGAUGCGUUGGUGGAGCUGGCCUCUAUCUGUGCUCUCUGUAAUGAUUCCUCGCUGGACUUCAAUGAGGCCAAAGGUGUGUACGAGAAGGUGGGUGAGGCCACAGAGACAGCUCUCACAUGCCUGGUUGAGAAGAUGAACGUGUUUGAUACAGACGUGAAAGGCCUCUCCAGGGUUGAGCGAGCCAACGCCUGCAAUUCUGUGAUCAAGCAGCUGAUGAAGAAAGAGUUUACCCUGGAAUUUUCCAGAGACAGGAAGUCUAUGUCUGUGUACUGUACUCCUAACAAAGCACGCUCCUCAGUUGGCAAGAUGUUUGUGAAGGGUGCUCCUGAGGGAGUGAUUGACAGGUGCACGCACGUUCGUGUAGGCAGUAACAAGGUACCCAUGACCCCUGGAAUCAAGGAAAAGCUAAUGUCUGUGAUCAGAGAGUAUGGAACGGGCAGGGACACCCUGCGCUGUCUGGCUCUGGCCACACGAGAUAAUCCCCUGAACAAACAUGAGCUGAUGUUAGAUGACUCCUCUCGAUUUAUUGAGUAUGAGACUGACCUGACAUUUGUGGGUUGCGUGGGCAUGCUGGAUCCUCCCAGGGCAGAGGUGGCAGCCUCUGUUAGGCUCUGUCGUCUUGCUGGCAUCCGAGUAAUUAUGAUUACCGGAGACAACAAGGGGACGGCUGUGGCUAUUUGCAGGCGCAUUGGUAUUUUUGGAGAAGAUGAUGACGUUUCCAGCAUGGCUUUCACUGGCCGAGAGUUUGAUGAUCUGUCACCUGCGCAGCAGAGAGAGGCUGUGGUCAAGGCUCGCUGCUUUGCACGGGUUGAGCCUUCACAUAAAUCCAAGAUUGUUGAGUAUCUGCAGUCCUAUGAUGAGAUCACAGCUAUGACUGGUGAUGGUGUAAAUGACGCCCCCGCUCUGAAGAAGGCUGAGAUUGGCAUUGCCAUGGGCUCAGGCACAGCUGUGGCCAAGACUGCCUCUGAGAUGGUGCUGGCUGAUGACAACUUUUCCACCAUCGUUGCUGCAGUUGAGGAAGGAAGAGCCAUUUAUAACAACAUGAAGCAGUUUAUCAGAUACCUCAUCUCCUCAAAUGUGGGCGAAGUUGUCUGCAUCUUUCUGACUGCAGCUCUGGGGUUCCCUGAAGCUCUCAUUCCCGUCCAACUGCUCUGGGUCAACCUGGUGACUGAUGGUUUGCCUGCCACUGCUCUAGGUUUCAACCCACCAGACUUGGACAUCAUGAAUAAGCCUCCACGCAAUGCUCGUGAGCCGCUCAUCUCUGGAUGGCUUUUCUUCAGAUACCUAGCUAUUGGAUGUUAUGUUGGUGCUGCCACUGUUGGUGCUGCUGCCUGGUGGUUUGUUGCAGCUGAGGAUGGACCAAGGAUCACCUUUUACCAGCUGAGCCAUUUUCUGCAGUGUGGUCCAGAAAAUCCAGAUUACCAGGGCAUGGACUGCAAAGUGUUUGAGUCUCCUUACCCGAUGACCAUGGCCCUGUCUGUACUGGUCACGAUUGAGAUGUGCAAUGCCCUUAAUAGCGUGUCAGAGAACCAGUCCCUGCUGCGGAUGCCUCCAUGGGAGAACGUGUGGCUGCUGGGAGCCAUCUGCCUCUCCAUGUCCCUUCACUUCCUCAUCCUCUAUGUGGAACCUCUCCCAAUCAUUUUCCAGAUCACACCCCUGAAUCUAACCCAGUGGCUUAUGGUGCUCAAGAUCUCGCUCCCUGUCAUUCUACUGGACGAACUGCUCAAGUUUGCUGCCAGGAACUACCUGGAGCCCGGUAAAGACCUGGAGAAGCCUGCCAACUCCAAAGGCUGCUCCCUGUCUGCAUGUAUGGAGGGAAUCUCGUGGCCCUUUGUGGCCAUUUCCCUCCCCUUGGUCCUCUGGAUCUACAGCUGCGACACUAACAUGGCCGACAUGUUCUGGUCCUGACUGACUUGAGCACAACCUCAACUUUUCCAUUCCCCACCCACUGCCAUCACUUCCCUCUUUCCCUCUCCUCUUCUCUCUCUGCCUUCCGUAAUGUGCGUAGCUAGUGCGUGUGUAUGUGUGUGCAUUUGUAGAGUUAGUGUGUGUGCCUCUGCGUGCCACCACGUGCGUAAGAGAAAGGACCAACUUUGACACAUAACAAAUAAUAUAAAAUGUUAACACUGAGAAGACGUCUGUUUUGAGGUGGUAUAGGAAUAAUGAAUGGGUGAGGCUUUAAAUGUGAGUGUUAGAAGACCAUCACUCCCAUAGCUGUGGACUUUUUUUGUUGCUGGUGUGAAAGAAAAUGUACCGUUGCCAGUUAUUAUUUUUGUUCAUGUCAAUAUUGCCUUUAUGGUUCAUAUUUUAAUGAUGGUGGGAAUAACAUGUCCUAUGUCACUACAGUAAAAACAGCAAAUUUCGGUCUUUUUUGUUUUGUUUUGUUUCCCUCUUGAUGAAAAGGAAAAUUAGGAUAUCAGAAAUAAUUUGAUCUGUACAGAGACUGAACACUAUUUUAUGCAACUUUUUUUAUGGCUUUGUAAAUUGUUUGACCAGCGUGGCUUAGACAUACCGCCUUGAUUUAUUUUCUGAUGUUUACCAUUGUGUCUUCAGUAUAAACUCAGAACUCUUUCAGAGAGGACGAGCUCCAUGUGGCAGACAAGGAUGGGGGGAAGGUUUGGGACUCAGAGUGAAACAUUUGAAUGCUUAGCUAACAACAAAAAAAGACAACAAAAGAAAACCCUUGAUAAACAAAAGCCGCAUGUCCUGUGACCAAGCAUGAACUGUAUGUGUUUCUCAUUCUAAUUUAAUUGUGUAUGGUCCCCCAUGUUAGAGCGAAAAUUAACUUCAUAGAUGUUUUUGGUUUUUUAACUAUAAUGAUCGAAAAUAAGUAUGUUUUUCUGCACUGGGCAGAGCACAGCUACCUCAAUAUAAGAUUUUCUUUUUCUUUUGCUCAUCUUGAGAUACUUUUCCUCAACAGUCUUGCUAAAGCGUAACAUCUGAGGUGUGCCCCUAUUUGCUUGUGCAGAAAACGACGAACAAAAUCUCUCUUCCCUCUAACAUUUUAAAGAAUAUAUUUUGUAUUGAUUUGUGACAUUAACUUUAUUUGUGUGUAUGUGUUCUGAGACAGAACUGGGUGGGGAUGUUGUAAGGUGACUACCAUCUCCAUGGCGUUUGAUUCAAAGGAUCAUAAUAUUAAAAUUUUAAGGAAGAAUACUAAUACAGCAGCUGCUCCAAUGAAUGGAUUUUGGAUUACAAAUUAAAAAACGCCCAAAUGUUGUCGUUUUUGUUUUUUGUUUUUUUACUUUAAGAAAAAUACACUCAUGAACCCUUUGAAUCAAGUGUUUUCUGUCUUUAUUUAAUACAAUAUAGACCCAUGAUAUUCAAUAUUAUUCAUAUCCAUUUUUUGUAUGUGCAUAUAAUACUUGAAUACAGAUCAUUUCAGACAUAUGAAUGCUUCGGUUUUCUUGGCACAACAUUGCAGGCAUGAGCUAUUCAUGGCAUAAGAACCUGUGUGUUUGACUCUUAGACUAUUCUUUAGGGGACUUAGUUUAUGUUUGGUAUACCAUGCUUUACAGUAGUCUGUACUUGUUGGAUCAGAGCCUAUUCAGUCUACACUCAUCUUAAGCAUCACUGUGUUUGGAAAUUCUGACGUGAGAAAAGCCCAUCAUUAGCAUGUGUUUUGAAGCCUGGGUUUGUUCGUGCUUGUGUGUGUUUGUGUGUUCCUCUUAACAGCUGUGUGCUCUUUUUUUUUUUUCUCCUUUCUCCCCCUCAAUGCCUACCACUGGCCACCCUGUCACUAGAGUUGGCUCUCAUAAAUGCUUCGUAUAUAAGAGUGGCCUCUAAAGUUGCAGCCAUCCUACAACCCAGGGUGUCCACUCACUCUGGCUUCACACACCUCAGACACUCUAUGAUGACCAGCAGUAUGUACCCUUGUGCAGACAGGAAAAAAAAGUAAAUAAUUAGGACACGUUUUACAGUAAUGAGACCAAAUAUGUAAGGGUGUACUUCAAAAGGGUUUGGGAGCUUAUACUAGCUCCUUUGCCCAAUGCAUCACGACACGUGACCACAUACUUCUCGAGACACUUGUACCUCCGCGUGCAGAUGCUAAAUCAUCAACACUGUUAUGUUUUGUGUGCAGGGAACUUCUUAAUGGCCUCAACGAUCCCUCUUGCAUGAUGAACAUAUUUCCAACUUCCAUGGUAGCUUGUCACAUAGAGAAUCUUUAAAACACUGGGUUGAAUGGUCUUAGGUCUACAUCAGUGUAAAAAAUAAAAACAUUCAUGCAUGCGUUCCAGCUGUAUGUAGGCUUUGCAGUUUGUAUUUAUAGAUUCUAAUGUAUUAUAGUCAGAUAACAUUAAGAUAUAUUGCAAAAAUCACUGUUUUUAUUGUAAUGGUUUGGGUAAUUUGCACAAUAUUAAUGUGGAUAAAUGAGUGAUGCUAAACUUGACUGUACUUAACUUUAGUCAUUUGAAUUUUACUCCUCUACUGUAGGCUGAUCACUGACCCAUUUACUUUGAAGAAGUCUUUUGCGAUGAGUACAACAGACUGACACUGAUUCAUUGGUAAUCCUGCAAUACAACAGUGUUCUGUUUUCUUAUUGCCUCUGUAUAAUUCUGAUAAUGUAUCUUUAUGAACUGCUGUAAAACUGUGAUCUAAUGCGGGGGAAGGGGCGGUAGAAACUCUUCAGCGAAACCUGGUUGAAGAACAAUAGUAACCAUAUUUAAAAAAAAACCAAACAAAAGACGAUCAUUAUUGAAGACUUGUAAUGGUUACCAUGCAUUACUGAGGUUGUGAUUUCAGGUAAAUAAAAAUACAUAGCAUUUGAA